AUGAUAGUGAGGGGUGAGUUAGCAGACUACCUCACAACAAAGGAGUACGUGAAGCCCCAGGAGGUCAAUCUUCAGAAAAUAGAAGGUAAUCAAGUGAAGGUCAUCCAUGCAAUACAUGGGAGAUCGGAGGAUGAUCAAGAGUCAGAGGAGGUAUAUAGAUCCAGACUGAGGGCAGCCCAUAAGCUAAGAAGGUUAUCCUCAGUAAACACUAUUGCUUCAGGCAGUAUCAGUACUAGGUUCGGCGAUGCGAACCUAUCCAGAGUUCAGCUCCCCCACGAGGAUCUGUUGGUCAUUAGUCUCCUGGUGGCAAAUUGCAUGAUCAAGAGGGUUUUGAUAGACCCGGGUAGUAGAGCCAAUAUCAUCACAAAGGCGGUCUUUGAGCAGCUGGAGAUUCAAUCACAAUCAAUUCGGCCCACCUCUAGUACCUUGAUGGGAUUUGAUAGCAUAAAAGUAGACCCCCUUGGGGUAAUUCACCUAUCCGUUACCGCAGCAAAGAGGACACUAAAGGAGAAUUUUGUUCUAACGGAGAUCCAUCUUUCUUAUAUUCUUAUUAUGGGAAGAGGCUGGAUCCACCGAAUGAAUGUGGUUCCAUCUACCCUUCAUCAAGUGAUGCGAUGCUUGUCUCUGGACGUACAGAGCCCUCUGCCCAAGUACCUGAAAUCAAAGGAUGAGGAUGAAGCUGAAGCAACAAAGCCUACUGAGGAAUCCCUCAAGGCUGUUGAAGUAAUCCUUAGCAAUCCACAUAAAGUAACUUAUAUAGGCUCUUCUCCCACAACUGAAGAAAAGGAAGCAUUAAUUAAUGUCAUACGAUGGAAUGCAGAUACGUUUGCUUGGGAUCAUUCAAACAUGGUAGGAAUCAAUCCUUCAUUCUCAUGCCAUAGCCUGAAGGUGGAUCCGACGUUCAAGCCAGUGAAGCAAAGACUUGGAAGGUUCACCCCUGAGCGUAAUCAAAUUAUUGCUGAAGAAGUAAACAAACUGCUUCAAGCAGGUUUUAUACGUGAAGUGCACUAUCCGCAAUGGCUCUCGAAUGUGGUGGUAGUGCAAAAGAAGAAUGGAAAGUGGAGGGUGUGCAUAGAUUUCACCAAUUUGAACAAAGCUUACCCGAAGGAUAGCUUUCCACUUCCCAAAAUAGAUUAG